AUGGCCGUCCGAGCCAAGGUCCUGAUGAUAUGGGUCUUCUGUCUAGUGUUGCUCUCCGCCAAUCCAGCACAAGGGAUUGGUGUGAACUGGGGGAUUAUCAUGUCCCACCCCUUACUUCCAGCCACUGUUGUCCGCAUGCUCAAGGACAAUGGGAUAAAGAAGGUGAAGUUGUUUGAUUCAGAUUCUUGGACCGUAAAUUCCUUGGCAGGGAGCGGUAUCCAAGUCAUGGUCGCAAUACCAAAUGAUCAGCUUGAACGAUUUAGUGAUGACUAUGAUAACGCCAAAGACUGGGUGCAUGACAACAUUACAUCACAUCUGUACAAGGGAGGAGUUGAUAUCAAGUAUGUUGCGAUUGGAAAUGAGCCUUUCCUCAAGAGCUACAAUGGUAGAUUCACCAAUCAUACUUUCCCAGCAUUAAAGAACAUCCAGAGAGCCCUGGACGAGGCCGGCCUUGGGGAUAAGAUCAAAGCUACCACCCCCCUAAAUGCAGAUGUCUAUGACUCUUCAACAGGCACGCCAUCGGGUGGGAACUUCCGUAAGGACAUAAGGGAGCUCAUGAUCAAAAUAGUCAAGUUCCUCAACGCCAACAAUGCGCCCUUUGUCGUCAACAUCUAUCCAUUCCUCAGCCUCUACCAGAACGACGACUUUCCCAUGGAGUUUGCUUUCUUUGAUAGCGACAGCAGUCCAAUCGUCGACAAUGGCAUCAAGUACACCAACGUCCUUGAUGCCAACCACGACACACUUGUCUGGUCGUUGAAGAAGGCCGGCGUUCCCAACCUGAAGAUCAUCAUCGGCGAGAUUGGGUGGCCUACCGACGGACACAAGAAAGCCAAUGUGCACUACGCAAAGAGGUUCUACGACGGCCUGUUUAAGAAGCUGGCAAGCGACAAGGGCACCCCAUUGAGACCCGGGAAAAUGGACGUCUACCUGUUCGGUCUUUUCGACGAGAACAUGAAGAGCAUUUUACCAGGUUUUUUCGAGAGACAUUGGGGCAUCUUUCGAUACGACGGCAAGCCAAAGUUUCCGAUGGACUUCUCCGGCCAAGGACACGAUAAGCUCCCGGUGGGUGCAAAGGGGGUGCAAUACUUGCCGGCACAGUGGUGCAUACUGGACAGAAAAAUCAAGAACGUGAAUCUGGUGCCGGCCAACAUGGACUACGCUUGCACCUACGCAGACUGUUCGGCUCUGGUGUAUGGAGGGUCGUGUAACGGCAUGGACAUUUACGGGAACGUAUCAUAUGCAUUCAAUAUGUAUUUCCAAAUGCAAAACCAGGAUGUUCAAGCUUGUGAUUUUCAGGGAUUGGCGGUUUUAACAACCAAGAAUGCCUCUCGAGGGUCUUGUCUCUUCCCGAUUGAGAUUGUGAGUGCCGGUGAGAGACUUGAAUUGAGAUCUACGACGACACUGUUUUUGAUUUUGAUGAUUAUUAUUAGGUUCACAUUAUUGUAG